GACCGCGCACAGCCGCUGCCGCCGGAGGGAGCGAGAUGGCGUCCACGAGCCGGUAAGGGAGGCCCGGCGCUUCGUAGGGGCCCGUGCAGAGGAGUUCCCCCGAGGAGCGGACGGCGCGGCUUCCGCCAUCUCUCCGCGUCUGCGGCCCGGCAGAGAAAAUGGCCGCGUCGGCCUUCGCUGCCGCCCGGGGAGGAACCGGCGGCCAUCGCCGCUCCAGCCCGGCCCCGGCUCGGCUCGCCGUCCCUCCCCGGCUUCUCGGGUCGUGCGUGAACGUCUUCUGUCCAGGGGUCGUGGAGAUUAAUUCUGCCGGUGGUUCUCGAGCUGCGUUUUGAGUCGUAGAGGUUCUUCUGAACGGCCAUCGCUUGAGAAUAGCGUGUUUAUUUUCUUUUUACGCAUGAGUUUGGAUGCUCUUCCGAGAGUGACUUGCCCAAACCAUCCAGAUUCCAUUUUAGUGGAGGAUUACAGAGCAGGUGAUAUGAUUUGUUCGGAGUGUGGGCUAGUAGUAGGUGAUCGUGUCAUAGAUGUAGGGUCAGAGUGGAGAACUUUCAGCAAUGAUAAGGCAACAAAAGACCCAUCUCGAGUUGGGGAUACCCAGAAUCCUUUGUUGAGUGAUGGUGACCUGAGUACAAUGAUUGGAAAGGGCACAGGUGCAGCAAGUUUUGAUGAAUUUGGGAAUUCCAAGUACCAAAAUCGCAGAACGAUGAGUAGCUCUGAUCGUGCAAUGAUGAACGCCUUUAAAGAAAUUACAAACAUGGCAGACAGAAUCAACCUCCCUAGAAAUAUAGUUGAUCGAACAAAUAAUUUAUUCAAGCAAGUGUAUGAGCAGAAGAGCCUCAAGGGAAGGAGCAAUGAUGCUAUAGCUUCUGCUUGUCUCUACAUAGCCUGUAGGCAAGAAGGUGUUCCAAGAACAUUUAAAGAAAUAUGUGCAGUGUCCAGGAUUUCAAAGAAGGAAAUAGGUCGGUGUUUUAAACUUAUUCUGAAAGCUCUCGAAACCAGUGUUGAUCUGAUUACAACUGGAGACUUCAUGUCAAGAUUCUGUUCAAAUCUGGGUCUUCCCAAACAAGUACAAAUGGCAGCAACACACAUUGCCCGUAAAGCUGUGGAAUUAGAUUUGGUUCCUGGGAGAAGCCCUAUUUCUGUAGCAGCUGCAGCUAUUUAUAUGGCAUCACAAGCUUCUGCAGAGAAAAGGACACAAAAAGAAAUUGGUGAUAUUGCUGGUGUGGCUGAUGUUACCAUCAGACAAUCAUACAGGCUCAUCUAUCCUCGAGCUCCUGAUCUCUUCCCAGCAGAUUUCAAGUUCGAUACUCCAGUAGACAAGCUACCACAGCUGUGAAGUUGCUGAAGGUUAAUUAAUCUCUAUUAACAAAAAAAAAAAAAGGUUUUUGUCUAUAAUAAAGGAUGUACAAAGUGUUAAUAUUGAGUCUUCAUGUUGUGGAACUGGAGGAUAUGGAUAUUUGAGCAUAACUGCUGGAAUGCAGCACACAUUCCAAGGGUAAACAAGCUAAUUGUGUGGCAUUUUGUAUGUAUAUAUUAGUGGAAGUAAAUAUUUAAUGACUGUUGCAACAAACUUAAUUUCAUAUUAUUGUACUUAUUCAGAUUUCUUUUGUAGGGAUCUAGUAAAAUGUAUUUUGGAAAACUGAAAAUACUAUGUAAUUCCCAAAUAAACUUUUCCAAAAACA